CGAUGCCGACUGCUCCUCAUCUCGCUGUGCCAGCUUCCUUCUUGAUCGGCCAUCGACCAUCGACUAUCGACCAUCGACUAUCGGCUAUCGGUUAUCAGCUAUCGACGACCCGGCCAAGACCAACACAUCGUAAUGGGAAAAGACAAAAAGGAGGGCCGAGUCAAGGGCAAUCUGCAGCCCAGUGCGAGCAGCCGUCUUGCAGACAUGAUGGGCGCCGUGCCCUCGUUUUCGCCCGCCGGUCUGGGCAUGUCGUCCUUUGGACAGCCGGCAUCGGACGAGUUUUUGAAUCUAGAUCCGGAUCUGAAGGUGAUUCUGAAGAAGCUCUCGAAGAAGGACUCGGUCACCAAGGUCAAGGCGCUGGAAGAACUGGCUGGUUAUCUUUCAGCCGCCGAUGCCGAGUCGCUGCAGCCACUGCUCUCGACCUGGCCCAAGUUGUACGGCCGGCUCGCCAUCGAUGUCGACCGCCGAGUCCGCGAACUUAUCAAUAGCAGCCAUCUGGUCCUGGUUGAAAAACUCAAGAAGCAGAUUGCGCCUUCGCUGAAGGAUCUGAUCGGUGCCUGGCUUGGCUGCCAGUUCGACUCGCACCGUGAGGUGGCCCGGCUUGCCAAUUUGUCGUUUGAGACAGCCUUUCCGAACCGAGCCAAGGUACUGGCAUUUUGCCAGGGCAAUGUCAUUCGAUACGCCUCAGAACACAUCCUGGAGCAAUCUCCGGAGACGCUCAGUGAUGCUCGUUUCACCGAGCCCGAAGAUAUGAUCACCAAAUAUGCCCGGGUCGUUCAUGAAUCCUUCAGCGUGCUGACCGUGCUCUUCGAAACCUUGGAGCAAGAGGAGCUCCAAAAGUGUAACGACCAGUAUACCGAGCUUCUCGACAGCCCCAAGGUCUGGACCAUGCUCAGUCACGACCUUCCCCUUAUCCGCAAGGGCGCAUAUGUCUUUUUGAAAGCCCUGUCCUCCAAACGCCCAGACCUGGUCCAGGAGCGCCUCGAGACGAUCAGCUCUGCAUUCCUUGGAAAGGUGUUUGGCGAUAAAGAUGCGUCCACGCGCGCAGAGCUCUGGGAUGCCCUAAUUGUGUUCACCAAGGCCUUCCCGGACUCGUGGAUCUUGGCCUCCAAGAAGAAGCCGGCCGUCAGCAAGCUCUACUCAUUCCUGAAGCACAACGCCCACGGAUAUGUUGCGGCCUCGUACCCAAGCCUGCUGGCCCUGCUUGCCAGUCUCCCCGCCGAGCUCCUUUCAGGACCCGAAAGCACAUUCGAAAAGGACUUUUUUGAGAGCUUUUGGAAGGGCCUCGGCUGCGAAACGAUGGAGCCCAGCAAAUCCGCCAUCUUUGUGCAAGCCUAUUUCGAGUGCGCACUCUACUACCUUGUCAGGACUGGAAACACUAGCGAGCGGCCUUUGGAUGCCCAGUUUAUCUCGCCAAUCGAGGCGUGUCUCCUCCCGACCAAAUAUCCUGAAAUCCAGAACAAGCUACUUCUGGCCGACCUCUCAAAGUAUGGCGCCCAGUUCAUUGCCCGCUUGGCCACAAGCUCCCAGAUCUCGGCUCCUUAUUUCGACAAGAUUGCCGCGUGGUUGCAGCAAGUCAUCGAGUCUGGCCUCUUCGAGAGCGACAGCACCCGUCCGCCAGCGGUCUUUGAGCAGUUUUGCGAGCAGUCGGCUCAGCUGUUGAUUGAUAUCAAUGAAGCCCGAAGCGUCGCAAAGGGCGAAACCACUCGACUAUCGACGGCCCUCGACAGCCUUGUCUUUUCUGUUGCCCGUCAGACUUUUCCCAGAAUCCUCCCGGGACCGUACCUGACGGGGUAUGCCAUCUUUAUCAGCGACCUGUCUCGCGGCUUCAGCACCGAGCUUAUCUCGCAUGACGAAACCCGUGCGGCGCUGAUCCAUUUCAUCGACGAGAAUGUACCGGCCUUGGUGCAGUCUCAGUCGCACUCAAUGUCCCACCUGCUCGACUUGAUUGUUGGCUACAUCUGCACCGACAACGAGUCCCCUGACCUGCUGCGAAAGCACUGGGAUCACCUUCUCGCCUCUGCGCUUAGCCAAGCCGUCAGCACAAACACGCGCGCCGAAUUGCUUGAUUUAAUCCUCCAGAAGCUCCUCAAAGUCCGCAAUCAGAUUCACUUUGACCUGGUCAAUCGUGGCGCCACCGAAUUUGUGGAUAUGCUUUCAGCGGAUCUCCAGAGCGGCUCACUAUGCGUCUGCGAGUACGAGAAGCAUGGAAAUCAAAUUUUGGCAGCAGUGCUCAAACUCGGCAAAGAUCACUCAAUCGUUGAACACUCCAGUCUGGAGCGGCUCAAGCUGGCGAUCGCACAGAGUCUCCGACUUGCACCCCGGUCUGCCCUGGAGGCCCAGAGCUUGCUCAGCUGCCUCAGGAUCCUUGACGCUCUGGCUGGCGAGGAUGCCGAUCAGCUGUUAGAAUCCGUCUUUGAACUCGCGACCGCGCACGUGCUGAUGAUCGGUGUCUUUGACGUUGCCGUUUUCAAGAUUGCGCCGCAAUCGGGAGCUCUCAUUGACGAGUUCGAAGCAUAUAUGGGGCUGGUCGAAGCAGCUGCCCAGUCUUGUUGGGGAAAGAUCCGCACUCGUCUGCGCUCGUCAUCGUCGACAUCUGUGUCCGAGUGGGUGAAGCGGUUCAUGACCCACUUCCAAGCUGCCCUGCUUGACAUCGCCCACCACGGCAAGCCCAGCGAGUACGCUGCUCAGAUUCAAGAGCUUCUCUUGCUUGCAUCGGACCUGGAAUCGAGCUCGCUUGAGCAGCAGGUCCUCGACUCUGCGAUUCUCUCUCAAGAGGCUUGGAGACGCCUCCACGCACCGUUCGCUCUGUCGGACAUUGCGCUCGGAAUCGAAAAGCCUGUUGUUAUAUGGUCCGGUGUCUCCCCGUCCGGCACAGGAUCGACUUGGCAGACCGAUUACGAUGCCUUGGGCCUGACUGUAUACGCCCGCGUUGGAGAGUUUGCCACGCUUCUGCUCGAGCAAGUGACAUGGGAUCGACUCUCCAAGAGCGGCCGCGAGUGGCUGUUCGUCGAGUUGCUGCGGCUUCGGAACCUGGAGCAAGACUCGGACGCCUUGGGGCUCUCCAGCCUGUGGAGCCUGCAGUCCGAGUAUGACGAACACGAGUAUUGCGAUCGCAUAGGCGCUCUGCUUUGCAGCGCUGUAUCCGCCGCAGGACCACACGGACAGAAUCUGUGGCUCAGCUUGGACGCCGAGAAGGGCGACGCAGGAUCGGUCUCUGGGCCAGCGAACACGCUCCGCGGCGUCGUCAAAUACUGUACCGAAAGCCUGAAGUUGGACAACGCCACCUCCUACCUCUGUGUCCUCGAGAAUGUUGCAACCGAGGCUGUGGCUCGCCAUGGCGAUCGAGUAUGGAUCGAUGAGACUGUCAGUCAGACUGUGCGUAUGCUCAAAGAGGAUGCAGCAGACAAGCAUGCUGCCCUUGCUGUCCUUUCUGGACUCGCGCACGGCGGCAUUGCUCCAUCCGACGAUAUCUCGGUCUUUGUGAUCGAAUGUAGCCGAAACCUGAGCAAGAUCGAUCGCAGUCAAAUCGCCACGCACGAGGGCCGCAAGUGUGCGCUGUCUCUGCUGGCAGCCAUCAACAUCCUUGGCGAGCACAUCCUGCCAUCGCACGAACAGCAACAUGACGGUGCAGUCAUUACAUCCUCAACGGCCAACGUCCUUCUGAAGCAGUUUCGUCGCUGGUACGAGUCUGCCAGCGGCGAUCUGGCACCGGUCAGCCAGGAAGCUGUGGCCGUGCAUGCCCAAGUGACGGCGCUCGUUCGAUUGAUUGUUCGGCUCAAUUGCGAAUUGGAUCUGAACUUGCGGGGCUUUGUUGCGGCUCUGUGCAUUCACUGGAUCAAGCAAUCGGCCGGCUCAGCCAGUCUCAAAGUCCUGCUGUACCACGCCGUGUUCCUCGCCGAUGAGCUGUUGCGUGUGUCGCUGAAGCACCCCAAGGAGUGGGUGGUUGUGGAGCGUGUCUGCGCGGAGCUCCGAGCUACCACUUUGGAUAUAUACCUCUCUGAGUGCCGUCUGCCCGUUGGAACAAUCGUCACCAAGCCCCAGUCCAAGCUGCAGGGUGCUCUGGGCGGCUUGUGUUCGGAGAUAUCUGGCUCGCUGGUGAUGAAGAGCCAAAUCUUUGAUCCCUUGUGCGAAGUGCUUUACGCUCAGAACGACGUUGCUCAGAUCGCGGCGUACUCGCUCCUGCGUCCGCUGAUUGCCCAAGCGAUCCAAGAGGUCUCUGUUAAAGUUGAAAUGAGGUCCUCUGAAGACUUGGGUGAGCAGCAGCUUCCCGCAUCUAUCAUUGCCGCCUUGCAGCACCCAACUCCCAAAAUCGAGCUAUCGGCUAUUGAGAGCAUCCAUCCAAGUGAAGCCACCUUGAUGCUGGGCUAUCUUCUAUCGUGGAUGGCAUUGUUCGAUCACUUUGAGGAUGCGGUAAGAGCAACGAUGCUCGAGCGUGAAGCGCCUGCCGAUAACUCCGUAGCCUCUGCGUGUGAACGGCGUCACGACAACACACAGCACACCGACGAUAUCCGCUCACCCGGCAACCAACCCUCAAUGUCAGACAUUCCGGCUUAAAGCCGAGU